GUUCCGGACGCACAGGCUCAGCGGCCAUGGCUCACGGGCCCAGCCACUCCGCGGCAUGUGGGAUCCUCCCGGACCGGGGCACGAACCCGUGUCCCCUGCAUCGGCAGGCGGACUCUCAACCACUGCGCCACCAGGGAAGCCCCAACUUUUGCCAUUUUUAUUAUGAUAUGUCUUGGUGUAGCUCUGUUUGGGUUCAUCUUGUUUGGGACCCUCUGUGCUUCCUAUAUCUGGAUAUCUGUUUCCUUCUUUAGGUUUGGGAAGUUUUCAGCCAUAAUUUCUUCAAAUACAUUUUCAAUCCCCUUUUCUCUUUCUUCUUCUUCUGGAAUUCCUAUUAUACAUAGAUUGGCAUGCUGUAUAUUAUCCCAUAGGUCUCUUAUAUUGCCUUCUUCGUUUUUUUGUUGUUGUUGGCUUUCUGUCUGCUGUUUUGAUUGGGUAAUUUCCAUUAUUCUAUCUUCCAAAUCACUUACUCUUUCUUCUGCAUUAUUCAUCCUGCUAUUCUUUGCUUUUAGCUUAGCUUUCAUCUCGGCAAAUGAACUUUCUAAUUUUUCUGGGCUCCACCUUAUAGUUUUUAGUUCCUUUUUACAGUACUCUGCAUUUCUGUGAUAGCCUUUCUUAAUUCCUUCAGUAUUUUCAUUACCUCCUUUUUGAACUUGGUGUCUGUUAGACUGAAGAGGUCUGUUUCAUUGUUUGUUCUUUCAGGGGAAUACUCUUGGUCUUUUAACUGGGAGUGCUUUCUCUCCUUCUUCAUUUUGCUUAUAUUUCUUUUACUCUGUGAGUUUAGGUGGAAAAUUAUCUACUCUGGUCUUGGAGGGCUAUUUAUAUGUGGGAGCGUCCCUGCAUAGCUUGUGUGGAUUUAAUUUUUUUUUGGCGUGAGGGCUGUUUUUAGUUUGGAUGCUUGCCAUCUCUUUCCUCAGCAUGUGCUCACUGUUAUCCCCUUGAUGGGGGUGUGCAGGUGUACGGCCCGUGUGCGCUCCUGGGAAGGUGGGGGCAGCGGGUGGCACCUGGUCGAGGGAUUCUUGGCAGCAGUGGCAGCAGGCCACGCACACUCCCAGGAAGGUGGGGGCAGUGACCAGCGCCUGCUCACAGGACUCUCAGCGGCAGCAGCGGUCUGUGCCUGCCUCUAGAGUCCGAGAUGGUAGUGGAGGCUCUCGCCUACCCCUGGGGCUCAUGUAGGCAGUGCCCUGCCGCUGGCUAGUGUGUGAGCAGAGAAAGAAGCUCCUAUGGCGGUCCCGCCCAUCUCCUUGUGUGCCACCCAGCAAUGGCACCCUGCCUCUCUGGCGGGCCCAGGCCUUCUCCCAUACGACACCCUAGUCCCCUCAGGCUGUCUCCACGCAGCCAACCCCAGUCCUCUCCCCGGGGAGUGACCUCUGAAGCCCGAGCCUCAGCUCCCAGCCCCCACCCGGCCCAGCGGACCAGCGUCUCAGGCUGGGGAGUGUCGGGCAGCAGCACUGACAUUCGGUGCAGUUCUCUCUCCCUUCUACCCUCCACUGACCAGUUGCUGCGCUCUCUUCUGAGGCUCUGAAGUUCCCCCUCCCAUCCCGGCUGAUCUCCCCACCAGUGAGGGGACUUCCAGUGUGCGGAAACCUUUCCUUUUUUUACUGGUCCUUCCCAGCGGCGCAGGUCCCAUCCUGAUUCCUUUCUCUCUUUAUUUUUCUUUUUUCUUUUGUCCUCCCCAAUUACAUGGAGAUUUUCUUGCCCUUUUGGAAGUCUGAGGUCUUCUGCCAGCAUUCAGUAGAUGUUUUGUGAGAAUCGUUCCACAUGUAGAUAUAUUUUGAUUUAAACAUUUUGAUAUGUAUUUUCUGUAAUAUCUUCCAUAAGAUGUUACGGAAAAACCCGAAUGAACUUUUUGGCCAAUCCCAUAUUUGUGGAGAAGGUGAACUCCACAUCCUACUCCUCCAGUUUGAUCCGAUCUCAGCACACUUUUUUAAGAGGCUAGGGAUGUUUCUAAACAUCCUACAGUUCAUGGGUCAGCCCUCCACGACAAAGAAUCUGUCUGGCCUAAAAUGUCAAUACUGCUGACAUUGAGAGACCUUGCUCUAUGGUAUUUCCCCCACAGAAACAUGAAGAAAAUGAUGGGAACAAUGUUGUAUUUUGGUCUGAAAGGUUGGCUUAAUCAUUAGCUAAGUGACUUGCUCUCCUAUUAAGGUUAAUGUCAAAUAGGUGGGAUUCAAAUUCAUGCUUAGCAAAAUUGCACAUGACUUCAUGACUCCAUGACUUGGUAUUUCAGGAAUGCUUGAGAAUUUUAAAGUCAUGCAUGCAAAAAUCUGCUGUACUUUCUUUUCUGUGUGUGUAAGUAAAUAACCUUCUUUCUCUCUCUUCUUUCUCUCUCUCAACACACAGUAUUUAACACAGAUAGAGUGCCCUGCACUGUAUGCUCAACUGGUGCUCAUUGCAUUGUGAAGACUUUCCCAUACCAACUAGUUUCUCAUUUAGAGAGGGUUAAAAAUGACUGUCGUAGACUCAGAAGGAUUAAUAUUCUAAUAACUAAAGGAAGUUGUGCUGGAUAGAAAGUGAAAAUAAAAACAAAUUAAGGGGAAAAACUUAGAAUAAGACUGUCAAACAUGCUAAUUAAUUGUGGAGGUGGGAGUAUCUUCUCUGGAGGAAUUGAGUAAUUUUUAAGUCUAGUUGACUCUAACAGAAUAAGUAUCUUCAGCACAAUUAUGCAUAACUUUGGUAUCUCAAGACAGCAGAUAGUUGGCACUCUUUAUGCAGCUGUCUGAGCAUUUUUCUGCAGGAAGAGACAUGGUAGGGGGACCAUCCCAAAUGUAAAAGCUGAGGAGAAAACUUAAAUCCCUCAAGGAUCAGAUUCCUUCUGCUAUUGGAGAGGUGAAGUUUGAGAACUGCUAAUCAUAUUUCUUUAUACUUUUAAUAUGCAACAGCACAAAGAAAAAUAAUCAGAAAACAACAACCGAUAGAUCAUUCAACUGAUUUUCAUCUAAGAAUGAUGCUUCCAAAUUAGAGACAAGGUUAUUUAAGAGGAGGAGGAGAGAUACUAUCAGUAAAGAUUAAUGAGAAGAUUGGUUGUGGUGGUGUGGGUACCAUGACAGCCCCUACUGCUGUGCAGAGGUUCAGUUUGGGGACUUAAGACAAAUGCACUGGAUCAAGUCUAAUUUCAUUUAGAGAUUAUAUCGGUGGCCUAGUUUUGUUACAGUCCCAUAGUUUUUGAAAAUGUUCAAGUUUGGCAGCAGUUCAGACUAAAUACUUAAAACAUGUUUGUUUAAUACAUGUUUAAUACAGAACUUAGUUUAAAAAUAAACUCAAUAUUUCAGUUUAAUUCAGGGCUUAGCAAAUUCUUCAAGUAUAUUUGGUGUUACGGGACAUAGUGUUUUGUUUUUUGAGAUGCUAUUUCAAGGGAAUUCUGAUUCUGGUUCCUGAUUCAAACAGUUAGGUAUGAACAUUCUGUAGGCGGGACAGUCUCAGAAUUAAAGCUAUGUUGCAAUCUUAGAAGAAAUACUGGCCAGAGGUUUCCAAAUUUGGUAAAAAAACAAACGAAAAAACAUCGAUGUACAGAUCCAGAAAGGUCAACAACCCCUAACAGAUAAAUACUAAGAAAACUACCUGUAGACAAAAUCAUAGUCAAUUUGCUGAAAACAAGAAAAUCUUGAAAGCAACAAGACAAAAAUUACAUUUCUUACAGGGGAACAAUGAUAUGAAUGAUAACUAACUAACUCACUGUCUGACAGUGGAGGCCAGAAGACAGUGGAGCAUCUUUAAUGUGCUCAAAGGGGGAAAAAUAACUCCUGUUAACCCAGAAUUUUUUAUCUGUGAAAAUAUCUUUCAAAAAUAAAGUUGAAGAGAAAAGCUAAGCAAAUUAUCACCAUCAGGUAUAUACUACAAAAAAAUGCUAAGGCAGAUUCUUCAAACUGAAGAGAAAUGUUACCUGUUGGGAACUUAGAUCUACAGAAAGGAGUGACUAGAAAUGGUAAAUGAAGGAGCAUGAUUGCUAGAUCGUAUGAAACACAUAUCGCAUGAUUGAACAAGAUGACUUUGACAUUAACACCAGACUACACACAAUUGUCAGAGGGGAAGAUGAGGCAGCCAUGGUGGAGUCAGUGGGCCUGGCCCUUGUGAAGCUACCAGAUGUUCUUAACCGCCUGAAGCCUGAUAUCAUGAUUGUUCAUGGAGACAGGUUUGAUGCCCUGGCUCUGGCUACGUCUGCUGCCUUGAUGAACAUCCGAAUCCUUCACAUUGAAGGGGGGGAAGUCAGUGGGACCAUUGACGACUCUAUCAGACACGCUAUAACGAAACUGGCUCAUUAUCAUGUGUGCUGCACCCGAAGUGCAGAGCAACACCUGAUAUCCAUGUGUGAGGACCAUGAUCGCAUCUUGUUGGCAGGCUGCCCUUCCUAUGACAAACUUCUCUCCGCCAAGAACAAAGACUACAUGAGCAUCAUUCGGAUGUGGUUAGGUGAUGAUGUAAAAUCUAAAGAUUACAUUGUUGCACUACAGCACCCUGUGACCACGGACAUUAAGCAUUCCCUAAAAAUGUUUGAACUAACAUUGGAUGCACUUAUCUCAUUUAACAAGCGGACCCUAGUUCUGUUUCCAAAUAUUGAUGCAGGGAGCAAAGAAAUGGUUCGAGUGAUGCGGAAGAAGGGCAUUGAGCAUCAUCCCAAUUUUCGUGCAGUUAAACAUGUCCCAUUUGACCAGUUUAUACAGCUGGUUGCCCAUGCUGGUUGUAUGAUUGGGAACAGCAGCUGUGGGGUACGAGAGGUUGGAGCUUUUGGAACACCUGUGAUCAACCUAGGAACACGUCAGAUUGGAAGAGAAACAGGGGAGAAUGUCCUUCAUGUCCGGGAUGCUGAUACCCAAGACAAAAUAUUGCAAGCGCUGCACCUUCAGUUUGGUAAACAGUACCCUUGUUCAAAGAUAUAUGGGGAUGGAAAUGCUGUUCCGAGGAUUUUGAAGUUUCUCAAAUCUAUUGAUCUUCAAGAGCCACUACAAAAGAAAUUCUGUUUUCCUCCUGUGAAGGAUAACAUCUCCCAAGAUAUUGACCAUAUUCUUGAAACUCUAAGUGCCUUGGCUGUUGAUCUUGGUGGGACGAACCUCCGAGUUGCAAUAGUCAGCAUGAAGGGUGAAAUAGUUAAGAAGUAUACUCAGUUCAAUCCUAAAACCUAUGAAGAGAGGAUUAAUUUAAUCCUACAGAUGUGUGUAGAAGCUGCAGCAGAAGCUGUAAAACUGAACUGCAGAAUUUUGGGAGUAGGCAUUUCCACAGGUGGCCGUGUAAAUCCUCGGGAAGGAAUUGUGCUGCAUUCAACCAAACUGAUUCAAGAGUGGAACUCUGUGGAUCUCAGGACCCCCCUGUCUGACACUUUGCAUCUCCCCGUAUGGGUAGACAAUGAUGGCAACUGUGCUGCCCUUGCAGAAAGGAAAUUUGGCCAAGGAAAGGGCCUUGAAAACUUUGUGACACUUAUCACAGGCACAGGAAUUGGCGGGGGGAUCAUCCAUCAGCAUGAACUGAUCCAUGGCAGCUCCUUCUGCGCUGCAGAGCUUGGCCACAUUGUGGUGUCCCUGGAUGGGCCUGACUGUUCCUGUGGAAGCCAUGGGUGUAUUGAAGCAUAUGCCUCUGGAAUGGCCUUGCAGAGGGAAGCAAAAAAGCUACAUGAUGAAGACCAGCUCUUGGUGGAAGGGAUGUCAGUGCCAAAAGAUGAAGCUGUGGGCGCACUCCAUCUCAUCCAAGCUGCGAAACUUGGCAAUGCAAAGGCCCAGAGCAUCUUGAGAACAGCUGGAACAGCGUUGGGUCUUGCGGUUGUGAACAUCCUCCACACUAUGAAUCCUUCCCUUGUGAUCCUCUCUGGAGUCCUAGCCAGUCACUAUAUCCACACUGUCAAAGACGUCAUCCGCCAGCAAGCCUUGUCCUCGGUUCAGGACGUGGACGUGGUGGUUUCGGAUUUGGUGGAACCCGCCCUGCUCGGCGCGGCCAGCAUGGUUCUGGACUACACGACUCGCAGGAUCUACUAGUCCUCCGAAGAGUGGACGUGGACCGAGAUUCAAGAGCUCCUUGGCAGAAUCAGGUUGUCUUCUAGAUGAGCAUUUCUUAAAAGGCAAAUUUGGUAUUUCAAUUUAUUUGGCAGAGUUUUUGCUUUUAGUCUCUUCCAGAGUCACUUUUCCCAACCCAUUUUUGUAGAUGCUGCUCCUUGUGCGGUCAUUUCAGCUCAAACCUUGUCACAAUCUUCUGUGCCAAAAGGAGCUACAGUAGUAGCCGAGGAAGCCUUAGGACUCUGCUUACUAGAUGUACCACUUAGACCUGCAGGCCUUGCUUGGGGUGUGACCUUGAUACUGGAGUUUGGAUUAUUAAUCCUUCCUCCUCUGACCCUAACUUCAGAACACAGAAAGGGAUCCAGUCAGGGAACAGAAGGAAAUCUCACCAUGAAGGGCUUAAGUAAAACCUUUUUAAAGCAGUUUUAUUGAGGUAUUUUUUAAAGUGCACAACUUGGUUGAAUUUUGACAUAUAUAUACCUAUGAAACCAUGGCCACGAUCAGGACAUCAGGUGUAUGUAUCUCUCACCCCCAAACAUUACUUGUUGAAAGAUGUUAUUUGCUAUUACUCUCUCAGAAUCUUGAGCAACUUUAGAUCAGGGAUCUGAAUUACAGUGGCCUUAGUGACCUUGUCCUUAUCUUCUUAAGGCCAGCUGAGAAGCCACUAGGACUUACAGCCUCUGAAAGAUUAACCAUCCCAGAAGGAUCCUUGAUACUGACAAGCAGACACCUCUCCCUUCAAUAGCUUUUCAUACUAUGUUGAAUAUGACCCUGGAGUGUUGAUUAAGGCAGUGUUUGUUGUGUGUCAUACCUAGAGCCCACAUCUGUGAAAUCUGGAUUCUGGCUAAAUAAGAUUCCACGCUCGAAUUGGUGUCAAGAUAACAAAGGCCAAGGUUCUUGCUAUUAAUUUCAACCUGGAAGAAAUACUGAUAGCCACCAUUUAUUAAGUGCCUACUGUGUGCCAGGCUCUGAACUUGGUGCUUCAUAUGCAUUAUUCUAAAUUCUCACAACCAGUAAGGUAGGUGUUUUAAUUCCCAUUUUAUAGAACCCCAAACUAAGUCAAGUGGUGUGCCUAAAGCCGCGUGGCUAAUGAGUCUUAAAGACAGGGUUUGACCCGGGUCCCUCUGUGUUUUUUCUGCUAAGCCACACAAACCUCUCUUCAUAUCAAAAACUUCCAAAGUGCAAAUAUAUUCUAAUUUAUUCCAGGCUACCAAGAGCUUUCACAAGAAUAUCUUAUUAGCAAAUGAAUCGAUUCAUCCUUGACACUAUCUCUCAGUGGUGAAUUUAAUAAAAUAUUCCUGUAUGCUGUGGUAGUUUUGCUAGUACAGUAUUUGGUCUAGUGACAGGUUUUUAUGGGUACUUUUAGAUGACCUUAAAAAGGACAUGCAUAUGUUUUUCAGAUUGUUUAUUAUUUUAGGAAAACCUGAAGGUUUCUACAGCAUUAUUUCUGUGUUCACAUAUAAAAUGAAGGAAUCAAGGUUGCAUUUGAAUUACUUCCUUCCUGGUGGGUUAAUGUGAAAAGCUAGGUUGGCUGAUUCUUAGAACUCUGUCAGCUCUGAAAUAAUCUCCAGGUCCUGGUUGAUUCCUGGGAAGGAAGCUAGUUGGCUUGGCCAUCAGUGUCUGGGGCGGGUCGGUAUACCGUGAAGGGGCAUCAGCUGUUCUUUGAUAAAACCUACAACCACUGCAUACACCAGACAGUUGCACUGCUACCAAGUUUCAUACCAAAUAUUUGGAAGGAUGGUAUUGAAUCUAAAACCAAAUCUUAGUUUUUAUUAAAUUCAUGGAAAGGCUAAUAUAUUCCAACAUAAUUAUUACAUAUAGCUGAAUGAUCACAUCUUAAUUUAUUUUAAUGUAAAUAUUUUUAUUUUACUGUUCUGAGCCAAAUUCUAAAAAAAUAAAUGUAUUUCCUUGUGGAAA